GCGGAACGAACUAGCUAUCGAAUUUCUUUAGUAAACAAACCGAUUGUUUUAUUGAGCAUCGUAAACAGCCAAAUGAUGAACGAGGGAAAACUGAAGCAGAAAUAUGAGAUGUACGAAGACAGCGAUUCGAUAGCCGACAAUGAGACCGAGGAGCACUUGGUGGAGAACCAAAAUUCAAUACCACCCCAACAAUCAACUGACAAGCGUCGCAGCUAUGUUUGGAGCUAUUUUAGCACGGUGCCCGAACACUCCGAUGUCUACAGAUGUAAAGUGUGCAGCGAAACCUUUGGCAGCAAGACAACCAUUCUGGGCAGGCACCUACAAACAGCACACGGCAUCACGGAUUUGCCACAUCCGGAUGAUGCUGUGAAAAAGGGUCGUCCAAAUCGCAGUUUUGUGUGGAACUUUUGCACCAAGCUCGAUGAGAAGCGUGCCCUGUGUCAUAUAUGUAAAAAAGUCUUGUAUUUUGGUGGCGGCAACACGUCCAACAUAACGAAGCAUUUGCGACGCAUGCACGCCGAGAAAUUGGAGGAGGUGGCCAAGCAACUGCCACGUGUCGGUCGCUGGGGAAGCGAAGCGCCAUUCUUCAAGAAGGAGCGCAAGAGUUCGAGUUAUGUGUGGAAUUAUUGUGAGAAGUUGACCAAAAACACGGUGCUCUGCAAACUCUGCAAUCGACGGAUGCGUUUCCAUGGCACAGCCAAUGUCAUAACACAUCUGCAGCGCAGGCAUGACAUUAUGGAUGAGACGACACCGGUGAAAAUUGGUACACCGGAAAAGGUGCUGGAGGCGGCCACGUCCAGCACAACGGAGAAUCCAACGCCGCGCUCCAGCCGCCGCAACAGUAGCGUUAGCGGCAGUCUCGUCUGGCGUUACAUCACCCGAAUCUCGGAUGAUACGGUGCGUUGUCGCGUCUGCCUGAAGAAUCUAUCGUAUCAGGGCACGAGCAAUCUGCAGCGACAUCUGCAUCGCAUGCAUAAUAUCGUGUGGAACGGCAGGGAGACGGCGAGUGUGCCCCCCAAGUCGGAGCCACAUCAGGCGGAUUCGAAUACAUUCUUUGACUUCUGCGAGGCGACCAGUGACGUAGCCAUGUGGAAGUGCCAGAUGUGCGAGGAGCACUUCGAGCACAACGACAGCAUAGAGGAUGCAAUAAGCAAGCACAUGAUCCGGAUACAUGGCGCUGCGAUUCGGGGUGAUGACUUUUCUGCAGCUGAGGAUGAGUUGCAUGACGAUCUGGGGGCGCUUUAUACGGAAGUUGUUGAUGAUGACGAUGCCAAUACAACAGCGGAGCAUGUUACACAACAGGAGCAGGAGGACGAUGUUGUCAACGAUGAUGUGCUCUAUAAUGAUAUCAUCGAAAUCGAGGAGGAGCUAAACAAUAAUGCCGAAGAGGAUGGCGAACAAUAUAUUGAAAGUGGCAGCUUUGCCAAUUCGCUGUCUGUGCAAUCCGGGGAUAAUGUGGUGUCCGAUUAUAGUAAUGAUAGCACCGAUGCCCAAUUGGUGACGACCACCAUUCAGGCGGAUGAUACGCCCGUGAUGCGUGAGCUGAAGGAGAAUCUGUUGCGGCAGCAGGCUAUGUAUUUCAGUGAGAAAGCCAGUUUCUAUCGCAUGCAAAAGUUUCUUGUGGCGCAACAGGUGCGCAAGGAGCGACUGGAAAUUGAGAAACUGAAAGCUGCUCAGGAGCCAAGAGAAAAUCCUAGUGUCAGCUAGUGUCUGUUUCUGUUUUCUUUUUGUGUUAAGCUUAAUUGUGUAAUUGUAAGUUGCAUGCAAGUGUUUAUAAUUAUUGUUUAAUCAUUAAAAUAACAAAAUGAAUUAAUUAA